AUGGAGCUGAACGCGUGGCAAGGGAAUGACUCUGAGCCAGGGAAUCAGACCGAGGAACUGGACACUAAAUUCCUGCAGCCCAAGUGGCAGAUUGCCCUGUGGGCGCUCGCCUACUCCAUUAUCGUGGCGGUGGGAGUGUGCGGGAACCUGGUGGUCAUGUGGAUUAUUCUGGCCCACAAAAGGAUGCGGACAGUGACCAACUAUUUCUUGGUCAACCUGGCUUUCACCGAGUGCUCCGUGGCUGCUUUCAAUGCGGUCAUCAACUUUGUCUACGGCAUCCACAACGAGUGGUACUUCGGCCUCGGCUACUGUCGUUUCCACAACUUUUUCCCCAUUACUGCCAUGUUCGCCAGCAUCUACUCAAUGACUGCUAUCGCCCUGGACAGGUACAUGGCAAUCAUUCAUCCGCUGAAACCAAGACUGUCAGCAACAGCCACAAAGGUUGUGAUUGGAGCUAUUUGGGUGGUGGCAUUGUCGCUGGCCUUUCCACAGUGCUAUUACUCCACAACAGAGCAGUUUCCAGGCAGAGUGGUAUGUUACGUGGAGUGGCCUGAGAAUGCAGAGAACAGCACAAGUCAUGAAACUACGUAUCAUGUCUGCGUAACAGCCCUUGUCUACUUCCUGCCUCUGAUGGUGAUGGGCUAUGCUUACACCAUUGUGGGGAGAACACUAUGGGCAAGUGAGAUUCCAGGAGAUUCCUCAGACCGCUACAGGGAGCAGAUGAAUGCCAAGAGAAAGGUAGUGAAAAUGAUGAUAAUAGUGGUGACCACGUUCGCUGUGUGCUGGCUUCCCUACCACAUCUACUUCCUGCUCUACCUCUUCCAUCCGGAAAUUUACCAGAAGAGAUACAUCCAGCAAGUGUACCUGGCCAUCAUCUGGCUGGCGAUGAGCUCUACAAUGUAUAACCCGGUCAUCUACUGCUGCCUCAAUGAGCGGUUCCGAGCUGGAUUCCGUCGUGUUUUCCGUUGGUGUCCGUUUGUGAAAAGCAACGAUUAUGAGGGGCUGGAGAUGAAAUCAACCAAGUUUCUCCAAACCCAGGGCAGCAUGUACAAGGUCAGCCGGAUGGAGACCACCGUAUCCACAGUCAUCAACCAGAAUGAGGAUGAUGUCGAUGAUAAUGUCAAGGCAACACAUUUGUCGCUGGACUUGAACUCCAAUGGCUCUUCACGUAGCAUCUCAAAGGCUGGCUCUGAGUCCUCCACUCUCUCCUGCAGGCCAGAUCCCUACUAA